GUCCCACAAUGCAUUGCGAUAGCCUGACAAGUGGAUCCAAGAUGGCGUAGAAAGUAAAGGUAGAAACUGUCCCUGAGUCAUGGCGGACAGGAGGCUAGAGGAGUCAUGUGAAGAAGCCUGCGAGUCAUUAGUGAGGCGGGAGUACGAGGCGGCCGUGGGCCUCAGCACGGAGGCGCUACUCGCGCUCAGCCUGCAGGCCCCCAGCCCCUCGUUGGUGUGUCUCCGUGGCCGCAUCCUGCUCUGCCGCAUCGCCGGCCUGCUGCAGCUGAAAAAGUACGAUGAAGCGGACGAGGACUGCAAACGCGUGCUGGCGGAGGAGUUGGCGAAGGGGGAUGGCGCAUUUCAGGCCGGCCUGCGAGACAUGGUCCUGGACGGCAGCCUGCAGGAAGUCUCUGCUAUCCUCUCCAAGUCGCUCUUCGGGGAGCCCCUGAAUGGGAUCGUGACAAAGGAUUUAACCAGAUUGAAAGUGCUUCUGUCAGAAAUUCAAACAUUAAGCAGCAAGAUGGCCUCAGAGUAUAGUGAAGACAAUGAAGAAGACGUGCAGGAUGGCUGGCAGUUUCGGCCCCCGCCCAGAGGGGUGACCAGCAGUGAGGAGUACACCCUGUGUAAGAGGUUCCUGGAGCAGGGCCUGUGCCGCUACGGUGCCCAAUGCACGUCGGCCCACUCGCGCGAGGAGCUGGCCGAGUGGCAGAAGCGCUACGCCUCCCGCCUCAUCCGCCUCAAGCAGCAGCAGGAGGGCCGCCACUUUGCCGAGAACUACAUGGAGGCCCUCAUUGAGAAGUGGAUGAACUCCCUGUCCCCGGAGAAAGUGUUGAGUGAAUAUUUGGAUGGCGUGAGUGUGGAGCACAGCUCGGAUCUCUCAGUAACCGUCACCACCAAGAAGUCGUCUCACUCCUGGACCUUCUCCCUCUUCUGCAAGCCUGCGCGGAUGCUGUACCGCGUCGCCCUGCUGUACGACGCCCACCGCCCACAUUUUUCCAUCAUGGCAGUGAUGGCGGGGGACUCAUCCGGCCAGACGCGGCAGGAGGUGCCCGAGGCCUGCCAGGAGUGGACCGGCGACAGCCUGGCCCAGAACGGCACGGACCACUGUGUCUAUAAGGUGGAGGUGGCCUUCAGCACGGAGAUCUUUGGCACCUUCCGGCAGACCAUCGUCUUCGACUUUGGCUCGGAGCCAGUGCUGAUGCAGAGAGUUAUGGUGGAUGCUGCUUCAAUAGAGGACCUGGAGCACCUGAUGCAUGCUCGGCAACAGCUGCAGAUGACCGCCAAGCGCUGGGACUCGUCCUGCAAGACCAUUGUGGAGUUCGGGCCCAGCGAGUCCAUGGAGCUGGAGCGUAGUCUACUGACCCGCUACCAGAUCCCCCUCUCCGCCGACCAGCUCUUCACCCAGUCGGUCCUCGACAAGAUGCUCACCAAGGAGAACUACCAGGCCCGUCUGCACGACCUGCUGUACAUUGAGGAGAUCGCCCAGUACAAGGAAGUCAGCAAGUUUAACAUCAAAGUGAACCUGCAGCUGGUGACGAGUUUCAUGCUGACCGGCGUCUCGGGCGGCGCCAAGUACGCCCAGAAUGGGCAGCUGUUCGCCCGUUUCCGGCUGACGGAGACGCUGUCGGAGGACACGCUGGCCGGCCGGCUGGUCAUGACCAAGGUGAACUCCGUGCUCCUGCUGCCCCUGGGGCGUGAGCGGGGGGGCCAGCCCCCCGGGGCCAAGGAGAGGGUCUACGAGGCCGUCAUCGAGGAGAAGACCAAGGACUACAUCUUCCUCCGUAUCUGCAAGGACUGUUGUGAGGAGCUGCAUCUGCAGCCGGACCGGGAGCUGCAGGUGGAGCUGCAGUUCCAGCUGAACCGGCAGCCCCUCUGUGAAAUGCACUACGCCCUGGACCGCAUCAAGGACAACAGCAUCCUGUUCCCUGACACCAGCAUGACUCCCACAAUCCCCUGGAGCCCCAACAGGCAGUGGGACGAGCAGCUGGACCCCCGGCUGAACGCCAAGCAGAAGGAGGCCAUCCUGGCUAUCACCACGCCCCUCUCCAUCCAGCUGCCCCCAGUGCUCAUCAUCGGGCCGUACGGGACGGGCAAGACCUUCACCCUGGCUCAAGCGGUCAAGCACAUCCUGAAGCAGCAGGAGAGUAGGGUCCUCAUUUGCACUCACUCCAACAGCGCUGCUGAUUUGUACAUAAAGGACUAUCUACACCCAUAUGUCGAAGCGGGCAACUCGCACGCCAGGCCACUCAGGGUGUACUUCAGGAACCGGUGGGUGAAGACCGUCCACCCCAUCGUGCAGCAGUACUGUUUGAUCUCAAGCACACAGUUCACUUUCCAGAUGCCCGAGCGAGAGGACAUCAUCAAGCACAGGGUGGUGGUGAUGACCCUCAGCACCUCCCAGUAUCUGUGCCAGCUGGACCUGGAGCCAGGUCUCUUCACCCACAUCCUGCUGGAUGAAGCCGCUCAGGCCAUGGAGUGUGAGACCAUCAUGCCUUUCGCCUUAGCCAGCAAGAGCACCCGGAUCGUCCUGGCGGGAGACCACAUGCAGCUCAGCCCGUUCGUGUACAGCGAGUUUGCCCGGGAGCGGAACCUGCACGUGUCGCUGCUGGACCGUCUGUACGAGCACUACCCCGCAGAAUACCCCUGCCGCAUCAUGCUGUGUGAGAACUACCGCUCCCAUGAGGCCAUCAUCAGCUAUACAUCAGAGCUGUUCUACGACGGCAAGCUGAUGGCCAGUGGGAAGCAGCCCUCUCACAAAGACUUCUACCCACUGACCUUCUUCACCGCACGGGGGGAGGACGUGCAGGAGAAGAACAGCACCGCCUACUACAACAACGCCGAGGUGUUUGAGAUCGUGGAGCGGGUGGAGGAGAUGCGGAAGAAGUGGCCGGUGGCCUGGGGAAAGCUGGACGAGGGCAGCAUUGGCGUGGUGUCCCCUUACGCCGACCAGGUCUUCCGGAUCCGGGCCGAGCUGCGAAAGAAGAGGAUGCCGGAGGUCAGCGUGGAGAGGGUGCUGAACGUGCAGGGCAAGCAGUUCCGGGUGCUGUUCCUGAGCACGGUACGCACGCGGCACACCUGCAAGCACAAGCAGACGGCUAUCAAGCGCAAGGAGCAGCUGGUGGAGGACUCCACGGAGGACCUGGACUACGGCUUCCUUUCCAACUAUAAGCUGCUGAACACGGCCAUCACACGGGCCCAGUCCCUGGUGGCUGUGGUGGGAGACCCCAUUGCGCUCUGCUCUGUGGGCAGGUGCAGGAAGUUCUGGGAGAAGUUCAUCUCCAUCUGCCACGAGAACAGCAGCCUGCAUGGGAUCACCUUUGAGCAGAUCAAGGCGCAGCUGGAGGCCCUGGAGCUGAAGAAGACGUACGUGCUGAACCCGCUGGCCCCCGAGUUCAUCCCGCGAGCGCUGCGGCCCCAGCAUGCACAGGGCCCUGGCAAGCAGCAGCAGCAGUCGCAGCAGCAGCAUCAGCAUCAGUCGCCCCCGAAGGGUAAAGGGCAGCAUCCAAACCAGGCUGAGCACUUUCCACCUGAGGGAUUUGUUCAACCCAGUCCAGCAGUGCUGAUGGGAAACCCCAUCCGCGCCUUUACACCACCCCUUGGGGGCAACCCAGCCAUGGGCAAGUCCCCCAGCCCGGUCCAGCGGAUAGACCCCCACACGGGGGCCAGUAUCCUGUAUGUCCCUGCCGUCUACGGGGGGAACAUGGUGAUGCCCGUGCCUUUGCCCUUGCCCUGGCCCGGAUACCAGAGCCGCUUCGCCGUGGACCCGCGCCUUGUCAACCACCCAGCCGCCGUGGCCUACGGGAUGAACCUCCUGCAGGCCCACAGCCGGGGCUCCCCCGUCCCGUACGGGGUCGGCCACACCUCGCCCCUGGGCCCGUGUCAGCAGUCCAGCCCCGACAAGGAGCUGCAGCCCGAGAUCAGCCGCAACGGGAAGGCAGACGGGGCUGUGAAGACGGAACCGGGCCGGCUGCAGACACCGGAGUGCAGGGCACUGGAUGCGAAAGACAAGCAGGGAGAACCAGAUGCAGGUCAGAACCGGAGUCCAGAAUCCCAGGACGGUGUUGGAUUCCUGAACAAUCGGCUUCCCCGGAAGGACAAUCUGGGCCCGAGGCCCCUGAAUUUCCACCUGGCCCCCCCUAACGCUACGUUCCCGCCACACCCCGGCAGCAGGCAGUUCCCGCACCCGUACCCCCUUCCCCGGCUGCCCUACAGGGGUAGCCUGCUCCCUCAGCAUGCCAGCCCCGCCCCCCAGCCCCCACAGCACCCCCCCCACUCAGCACAGCUGUCUCCCGCCUUCCCAGUAGGCCACGCCCCCUCUUUCUUCAACGCCUCGCUGCCCCAUCGGGGCUUGCAGUCCCCCAGCCCUGAGGCCUUGACCGGAGAGCACCCAGGGCCCGAUGAAGUGGCCGGCCCCCUGCGUCCCGUCCCCCAGCAGCUGGGCCAUGCGGCGCUGCCUCAGCCGGGCCGCGCGGGCGGCUUCAUGGAGGAGAACGCCGAGGUGGUGCUGGGAGACGGCCUUGACAUGCAGGGGCCGUGUGCCCUGGAAGCCCUCGCCCAGCAAGCGCGGCUCAGCCAAUGGAGCGAGCAUGGCCACUUCCUGCCGGGCGGGGUGGCCUUUCCGCUGCCCCCGCUGGCCCAGCCCAGCCUGCGCUUCCCUACUCAGCUGCUGCGCCCCGGGGGCUGGAGGCUGGGCGCCGAGGACGAGGCCAGCCUGCCGUUCCCUAGGUUUCCCAGUUUGCUGCGAGAGAUGGCUUCCCAGGAGCCGGGCGAGCAGAGGGACCCUGCCGAGAUGCCCCCCCCUCAGUCACGCCUGCUACAGUACCGGCAGGCUCAGCCACGCAGCCCCGGGGAGCUCCCCUCCCCUUCCGCCGCCUCCAACCACGCCGGCCCCUUCCCGGGACACUUCCCGGGCGCCGGGCGGGAGCUGGAGAUGAUCAGCAGCCAGGCGCUCCAGCAGAUGUACAGCCCCACCUUCGGCAACCCGCCCGGCCGCUCCAGCCCGCCCCCACUGAAGUACCACCACACGGAAGGCCAGUGGGCCGCGGGCCACGCGCUGGGCCAGGCGUUCCCCUUCAGCCUGCCCGUCAUGGCCCUGCGGCAGGAGCAGGUGCAGCUCAUUCAGCAGCAGCAGAAGCAGCAGGCACCGGCUCCGGCCCCCGAAGCCUUUCACCCGCUGUCCCCGCGCUCCAUGGCCGCCAGCUCCCUGCACACCAUAGACGAGUAUGAGCCCCGGGGGCCCGGCAGGCCGCUCUACCAAAGGAGGAUCUCCUCAGGCUCCUCGCAGCCAUAUCCGGACGAUGCGGGAAAGACCCAGGGAGCAGAGGCGCCCUGCAAAGAGCCGCAGGACCGCACCAACCUCUUAUAUGGCUACCCAUCGACGGAGCGCUGGCCCGGCAACGGAGCCCCUGUCUCCUUCCAGAACAUUCCAUGCAACGGAGCCACUACACUAGUUCCGCACCGGGACCUUUUCGCAGCUUCAGCAAAGGCAAUGCGUGAGGCCGAAGAUCCCCUGAAGGCAGACAGCCCCCAGCCGCUGGUGCACUCCCUCGGCCCCCUCCAGCACCUCGGACAGUUCCCCCCCCUCCUGCCCAGCAAGCAGCAGUCUCCUGACCCUGGCGGUGGACCCGAGGGGCCUGGCGCGGGGGCCCUCCAGGGUCCCGGCCUAAACAAGACCCACACAAUGUCAUACGCCAGCGCCCUCCGCGCCCCCCCCAAACCCAGGCCUGUACCUGAGCAGGCCAAAAAGAACAGUGACCCCCUAUCCUUAUUACAGGACCUUAGCAUAGGCAGUGCAACAAGUAGCAAUGGCUAUUAUUCAUAUUUUAAAUGAGCAUAGCAAGUGGGCAUCUCAACAAAAAAGACAAAAAAAUAGUAAAACUUUAUUUAAAAAUCAGAAAAAGUCCUUUUAAAAGUUGUUUUUAUAGAUAGAUGAUGAAUUAGUAAUGGUCUUUUCUUUUACAGUUUGAAAUAUGUGAUUAAAAAGGCAACGUGUGUAUAUGUGUAUAUAUAUAUAUA